UGUCCGACUCAAGCGGGUGGCCCCGGCUGGGUCUCUGAGCUGAGUGGCCGGGGCGUCCUGCGGGUGCCUGUCUUCCCCCGUGCCGCCUCUCCCACUGCUGGUCUCCAGGCGGACUUUGGGCCGGGCUUGUCGGUGAUGGGGCUUUGCUGUUAUGAAUUAGGUCGGGAAUACAUUAUCCCAUCCUUGGCGCACAGGUUUAUAGCAGAGAUGGUGGAUUUCUUUAUUCUUUUCUUUAUAAAGGCAACCAUUGUCUUAAGUAUUAUGCAUCUCAGUGGAAUAAAGGACAUUUCCAAGUUUGCUAUGCACUAUAUAGUAGAAGAAAUAGAUGAAGACACAUCCAUGGAAGACUUGCAGAAAAUGAUGGUAGUGGCCCUUAUCUACAGGUUGUUAGUCUGCUUCUAUGAGAUAAUCUGCAUUUGGGGAGCUGGUGGGGCAACCCCAGGGAAGUUUCUGCUUGGACUUCGAGUUGUGACAUGUGAUACAUCUGUACUUAUUGCACCAAAUCGUGUGUUAGUGAUUCCAUCCUCUAAUGUUAGCAUAACAACGUCUACAAUACGAGCCUUGAUCAAGAAUUUUUCUAUUGCUUCCUUUUUUCCUGCUUUCAUUACGCUGCUAUUUUUUCAGCAUAACAGAACAGCCUAUGACAUUGUAGCAGGAACUAUUGUGGUAAGAAGAAAUGGAGUCAGAUGAUACCAAAAGAAGCCCAGAUUACCAAACUUUUUUUAACUCCUAAAAAACAAAGUAAAGAAGACCAUCAGUAUUGCUUGCCCAAACUAACUGGAGACAGAUUCGGACGUUAAACAAUGAGUCAUUCCAGUAUGGUGGCAAUGAUUAUCUUGAAAGUAUUGAUUUUUCUUAAAUGCCAAAGAGGUUUCAGAGAAAUAGUACCUAUUCAAUUUGGGAAGUAUUAACAUUAGGUUGACAGGAAGGAAACUGCUUAUAUUUAUCCAUAAAGGACAGUAUCUCUCAGUCUCCAGAAGGGAGAUGCCUUGAAAUAUUGCCAUCUUAAGAAGUACUAGUUCUACAACUUGAUUAUUUUAUGGCAAAAGUAAGCUGGAGAAUGUAGUUGUCGUCUAUGUUGAUGUUUACAAAACACAUUACAGAAACUAUCCCUUAGAGGGGAUUGCAGUGUUUCUUUGGGGGAUGGAGGCAAAAAUAUAGCUAAUGUUUCCAUUAAACCGAUGCAUUGUGCCGUGGUUGGGUAUUAUCAACCCCUAAAAGGCUUAGUGAACUCCUUCACUUCAAGAAUUGUAUUUCUUUACCACUUUUUAAAUGUCUUAUCUAAACAUGUACUGUGGCAGGUUUUUUGCAUGAUUGUGUUAAGCAUUAAGUCACUUACUAUUUAUGUCUGUCCUAAUGAAGAGGUAAAUUAAGUUACUACUACUUUGUGGGAAGAAUAAGUUACUGUGGUAUUUGUGAAUUAGGUUUGUGUAAAUAACUUCAGAGCUAUAAAAUUAACAUGGUUACAAACAAAAGGUGAAAAUGGUUGCUUCUGUUUGUAGGGGAAGGAAAGUUUUUACUUCCCUCAAAUUGUUGCAGAUAGACUAUGUAAACUGAUAGAUGGAGUUUAUAUGUAGCAUGUAGAAAUAUCAACCAGAACACAAAUUAUGGCUAACUGUAUAGAUAAGUUCAAAAAUUGGUUUUCACUUUAUAUUUUAAAAUUCUGCCUAGUCACUGCUAUAUGCAAAUAACUUGGAUACCUACUGAUGAAUAAAGAAGCCUAAUAUUUUGCAUGAUUACAUAGCUUUAUUUGUUUAUUCAUGUAAUAUUGACUGGGAAAGAGCUUCUGAAGAACAAUGCCAACUUUUUGUUAAAAGCUUGAUUAAAUGUGUUAAUUUUUUUAAUGAAUUGGAAUUCCCCAUUACUGUCUGUAGUUGGCUUAGGACUAAAUAUUGACAAGUGGUUGCAGCAGUUACUCUUGACUGUCAUCUACUUUGUGCAAGAGGGUGUUGUGGGAGGGUAUUUUAAAAUGUGCAGUUUAAACAUAGAACAAGCAUUUGUACUGUUAAUGAAAUAAUUUAGGAAGGUGAGUGCCACUAUCAACUUUCAUAAUAGUUCAGCAUUUUAACGAUUGUUUGGUGUAUCGUUAGGGCUAAGUAUUGAAGUGUUCCUGAGGGAGUGCUCUGAUCUAAGGAAGCAUGAAGCUGUACUAAUUUUCGCUACAGUGGUGUUUAAUCUGCUUUUUGGUUACUGCUUGCAAAAGGUUGAAUGUCUGCUUUACAGAGAUGUAUAUUCAUUUGCAUGAUUAGAUUCCCCCGCUCCCCCAUCCCGGAGUCAGCUCACUGCUUCUUGUAAACUUUGUCUCCACUUACACACUGUAAUUUUUAAGUCUUGCCUGCUAACUGCAGAUCAGAUUAGAAACUGCCCGUUUCUUAAACUGCAGAGCCACUGUUUAUAAUCUGAACCUCAGCUAAUACUCAUUCCUAGAACUAAUGAAGUCGAUGAACACUGAGUUCAGCCACAGUACAAAUACAACCAUAUUCUACUUUCCUUUCUGGUUUCACUGUGUGGUAGGGCAGCAGGUUUCACCAGCACAUUGUGUGUGGUGUACCCCCUCCCCUCCCCUCCCCUUCCCUUCCUAAGCGGUUCCUGUUCUGCACAUGCUGUAAGCAGAACUAUUUGGAUACAAUACUAGCAUGAAUAGGUUAGAUGACAGAAAGCUGGGAGAUGAAUCUACACUACAAUCUUAAAUAGCUGAGUUAGUCAUACUAGUAUAAUUAAAGGGUUUUGGGAGAAUGACAGUAACAGUGAAUAUGAACUACUGCUAGAUAGAGAUGACUGGCUAACUCUGCUUAAGCCAUUGCUUUUCAGUACAGAUAUGGCAGGGGAGGGCAAACUACAGCCUGUGGGCUGGAUCCAGCCUGCAGGAUUGCCAGCCCCAUGGUGCAGCGGGGCUAAGGCAGCCUCCUAGCCUGCGAUGCUCCCAGAAGUGGCUGGCACCACAUCCCUGUGGCCCCUUGGAGGGGCGCUCUGUGUGCUGCCCUCACCUGCAGGCACUGCACCCUGCAACUCCCAUUGGCCGGGAAUGGGGAACUGCACCUAAUGGGAGCUUUGGGAGUGGUACCCACAGGCCUGAGCCCCCUACCUUGAGCCCCCAGCCCUCUGCCCUGAUCCCCUUUCUGUACUCCAACCUCCUGCCCCAACCCAACAUUCAUUGCCCUGCAUACAAUUUCCCCACCCAGAUGUGGCCCUCAGGUCAAAAAUUUUGCCCAUCCCUGAGAUAUGGGUGGCUGUUUGGCUUGAUGGGCAGCCUUCUGCUUGUAUCUAAAGUCAGGACACUGACCAAACCUUUUUCAGCUGGAGACCCAGAUUCCAAACCUAGACCCAUCAUCAAUUUAGACAUCUUUUAUUUGUAUUAAAAGAGUGACCCCCCCCAAAUUAUGAUGGCACUGUACAAACAGUCCAAUGAGCCCUGUCCAAAGAAAUUACAGUUGAAGAAAAGAUUUAAAAAGUAGUGGGUUUAUUUUACAGUGUAGUCAUUGCAAACAACUGGAGCUAGGCUUGCUAUUUUAGGGAAGAAAUCAUUAGUAUUAAAAGGAGCCAUCUUUGCAAGGUGUAUUUUGCACAUACUUUUCCUUCAAAAAUGAUAAUUGUACAGUUUUAAUAAAUUUAACAGUAAAUAGUGUAGUUAAGGUAAAAUCAUUCCACUGGCUACACACAAUAUAACUUCCCAUUUAAUCUGUAUUCACUAAGGCUGUAAUGUCUCACACCCCAAACUCUUGGGGGAAUGUCUUAUAGGUGUGGCUCAAGCUUAAUUGUACCAGCAUAAAAUUGUUCUAAUGAUGUAUGGGUCUUCUCCCUGAAGACAUGCAUUUUUGAAAUCUUAAGAUUAGUCCUAACCUUUAAAACUAACACCCAAAUCAGAUUUCUGAAAGGCUCAUAGCAUUCUAAACAGGAAUCUAGUUUCUGCUAUAUAAAUGAAUUCAUUCUUUGUAUCACAAAAGGCUGCAUGUUACCUUAUCAGUUGCCUAUAGAUGAUACUUUGUGUUGUCUGUUGCACCAUAGUGAGGCUGUACUAGAGUAAAACUUCAGAGAUUGUAGAAUCAAGAAAAAAACUUGACAUGUCAAGGUUCUGCUCUUAAGUGCUCAAGAUGUCAAUCAGAUGACCAGAUUUAUGGUGAAUUGCUGCAGUUAACUGUUGAGUUUCUCUUGUUUAUAUAUUUAAUCUUAUCUCAAAUAAAAGUUUGUUUCUACAAAGUACUUGAAUUCAAA